GAGCUGAGCCAAUGACUCUUGGCUCCCCGACAUCUCCAAAACAAGGAGCUGGUGCUCAGUUUCUCCCUGGGUUUUUGAUGGGUGACUUACCUGCCCCAGUGACUCCACAGCCACGUGCUCUAUGCGGCCCUUCAGCUGGAGUAAUGGAAACGAGGUCUCCACUACUUCCAGGAGGGUCUCACCCACAACCAGUAGUCCCUACGCCUAAAGAUAAAAGUGGUGCUCCACCAGUUAAAAGCAUAUAUGAUGAGUUAUCUAGUCCUGGGCUGGGAUCAACACCUCUGACCUCAAGAAGACAAGCCAGCUUCUCUUUGGUACAGAGUCCAUCGGUUGGAAUUCCACCAUCAACUCCAGGAACAGCUUCGAAUGUGUUCAGUCCUGCAAGUAUUGGGCAGCCUGGGAAGACUACUCUGUCUCCUGCUCAGCUAGAUCCUUUUUAUACUCAAGGUGAUUCACUUACUUCAGAAGAUCAACUCGAUGACACAUGGGUGACUGUAUUUGGAUUUCCUCAAGCAUCAGCUUCCUAUAUUCUUCUACAGUUCGCUCAGUAUGGAAACAUAUUAAAGCAUGUGAUGUCCAACACAGGGAACUGGAUGCAUAUACGAUACCAGUCUAAGCUUCAAGCCCGGAAAGCCUUAAGCAAAGAUGGAAGAGUAUUUGGUGAAUCUAUCAUGAUUGGUGUCAAGCCCUGUAUAGACAAAAGUGUGAUGGAAAACUAUGAAAGAAGCUCUACACCCUCAAUGUCUUUGGUUUUCACUCCACCUGCAAAAUCCAUUGGCACAGCAGUACAACCUGCAAACAAUACUACAAGGUUCCCUACUGUGAGACCUCUUGCAACAGCAUAUAAAGCUUUCACUAGUGACUAUCAGGUGGUUUCUGACAGGCAAACUCCUAGGAAAGAUGAAAGUAUCAUCUCUAAAGCAAUGGAAUAUCUGUUUGGCUGGUAAUAAAGAGGAAGUAACACACUGGGUUCAAACUGUGCUACUGCAUCUGUGGUUAGUUGUAUAACUACUUGUGGCAGUAUUUUAUCUGACAUCUCACCUGUUAUGCCUUCAGCUGAUUCAGCAAACAUGUAGCUUGCACUUCGGGCAAUUUACACAUGGUUUUACAAACUGAAUAAAUGUAAAUAAAAGUGCUUUAUUUCCAUUUGUGCUCUGAU